ACGGGAAAGUGUCCAAAUCCGAAUCCGAAUCCAAUACCGAUUCCUCCGAUUAUGAUUACGAACACACGCACGGCGGCGUUGUCGCCUCGCCGACUUUCACCAAAAAUAAAAAAGAAAGAAAAAACGGCAACCAAAACAAAAAUCGAAAAUGACGUUGCAACCUGCAUUCGCCUCACUGGGAAACCACAUUUGACCAGUGCACAUUAAAAUUUUUUUCUUUCUUUUUAAACCAAAGUGAAAUUUCCAGCGUUCGCUUUCAUUAGAAAUGGGGAGUGGUUCGUGGCUGAUGGCUGAUGGCUUUCUGCCAGCCGAACAUGAUUAUGUAACGCGAUUGUGGCGGGUUCUGUCAACGCCACAGAGGAGAUAUUGGGGGGAAAUACCUUUUAAAUUAGCUCUCCCGUUCGGAUGGAUGGGAAAAUAUAAAAUAAAGCCGAAACCAAACGCAAUCGAGACACGAAAACUUCAUUAACGCCUCUCUUUGGAAGGGGGCGCGGCUGGUUUUUUAGCCUUAAUCUACAGGCCCCCUGACGAGCCCUGCCUACAUAUAUGCAUACAUAUGUAAACUAGUUUUUAAUUAUGAAACAAUAACCAGGAAGCUGCGAGAGAUGCGUUUCGAACGGACCUCAGACCGUGUAAUCCCAUCGACAUUUGUCGGUGGGUUGUUGUUUACUUCAGUUAUGUUUCUUGUAAUUGCCUCGAAAUCGGUAAGGGAAGCCCCAAUGACAUCGUUACUGCAGCUUCUGUCACGAUCAUGGUAAUAAUGACUGCGGGGAUCAAGGAUUUCCUGAUCUUGAAGUGCGACGUGCAAUUGUUUUCACAGAUUUGGUCGAUACUACGAAGGCUGUAAUUUAAUGCCAUCUGAGGUCGCUGUAAACUGAUCACAAAGUUCAAUGGUGUAAAUUUCGCAACUAUUAAGAGUUAACUUUAAACGAUCAUACUUCAAAUUCCAGAAAUCGUUUGUCUAUUUUUUGCCUUCCAAUGACAGAAAAUGAAACAUUGUACUUGUAUGUUAUUCAUAUUUGCCUCACACACAGGCUUACUUAUUUCAAAUAAUUUCCAUUUUAUUAUCCCUGUCUUACGUUAUAGUUUAUAUUAUGACUUGACUUUGGUUGUCUGUAAUGUACCAUUAUUGUUAAAGGGUUCUUCUUAGAUACUAUUAAUAACAAGCCCAUUUGAAAGACCAUUACAAUUUACUAGGGUGUAGAACCCAGGCUAACGACCUUUCAUCCAUGUUGCAACCUCUGAAGUCUAGACCAGUGCAGCCUAAACCAAUAUUUAUUUUUCCCCAAUGAACAUGGCACUUUUGCCCCCUUCAUUCGUGGAUCUCUUUGAAUCUUUUGUGAUUUUGUGAGGCACACUGGGCUUGUCCAAUUGCUGGCAAUGAAAAGGCAAAAUGGAAUAACAAAUAAGUAGCCGAGGGCAGUUCCAGACCUAGUCCAUUGCCUCACUUGUUUCGCUUUUCUUUUGUGAUUGCCUUGAUGGCGAUGAUGUGACUAAUUAUGCUGGGUAGCCGCAAGUCGAGCAUGUGUGGCCAAUUGUUGUUGCUUGUAAUUAGCAUCAUUGGUCCAGCCGGAGGAUCGGUGAUUUGUUAGUGGUUGGGGGGUCGCUGCUCGGUGGCUCUUUGCUUUGGUUGCAUUCACUCGCCCCUUUCCCUCGGCCAAUUACCAGCGGCCGCGACCUCAGCCAAGUUUGUGUUUUUGUUGGUGUUUCAGUGUUUCGGUGCUUCGAGCUGUGUUUAUGUGCCAGCCGUUUCUCGAUAAGCCACUUUCGAAUGCAGAGCCAGCAUUUGGCUUGGACUUGGUCUCGGGCUGCGUCUGUUUGGCCAAUUCAGUUGCGUCGCCGAGCCCGAAGAGAAAACACCUUACCACAUCCGAGAGCACCAGUAGUUGCCGCCCCAGCCGUGAAAGUGGUGGCCAGUCAGUCGCCUUCGAGUAUCGAAAAGGAAACUGCAAUUUAUUGCGAAAUUAUAUGCACUUUUACUCGCCGUUGUCGCCAGUCGCUGGACCAUUGGACCAUUGCUUUACAUAAUUCCGCAAUGUACAAGCACACGGUCAAGUCCAAGUUGAGCCAGGUGCGCAGUAACCCGCCGCCCCUUGCCGCUGCCACGCCCACUACCCCCAAGCACGGAUUGGGGGCGGGCAAGAAGUUCUUCUCCCACAUACGCCACAAAAUCGAGGAUAAUCUAACGCCCAAGCUGAGUGGAAAACUGUAUUGCAAGGGCAGCAAGCACACCAGAUCCAUGAGUGCAAUCAGCACGGUAGAUGGCGGAUGUGUGGGUGGGAAGUACACGCCCAAGGUGGUGCCCACAAGUCCCGUCCCGCUGCAAAUGUCCAGCCAGAUGAGCAGCAGUGUGUGCACCUAUGUGGACAGCGAUGAGGAAAGUCACUUGAGCCUGAGUCUCAAUUUGGCGCAGCAGUCGUUGGAGGAUGAGAUAUUCGCGGAGCUGGAGAAGGUGGCUCACGAUGAGAGCAAACUGAACGAGGUGCUUCAAAGUUUUGACCACAUACUAAGCGAGUAUCCACCGUUGGAGGGAAUUAUGCUAGCUUCUCAAGAGGAGCUGCCCGCUCCACCAGCGGAGUUCAGCGAUCGCCAGCCCAUGUUGUCCAAGUCACACAGUACACUGAGCAUGGGCAGGCCCAGGAUGCAGGUCUACCAGUCCCCGGAACUGGCAGGAUCAGUGUUGCUACUACGGGGAGCAGGAGGCGAUUCCAGAUACAACUCCCUGAGUGAUCUAAGUGGCAGCAGGAUACCGGUGCGCAAACAAUCGAGUCUUCGCAAACGCAGCGAAAGUUUUUGCCUGGAGCAACCGAUUAAUUCCAGGACAUCCAGUAAGCAACGCACUCGGUCCAUGCUGACCCUAAAUACUACUGCACCUGCAGGAGCAGCCAUUCCAACUGCUGUAGCCAUGCCCAAGCGAGCCAACUCCAGCCUGGAGAAGAGGCACAUAACCGCCAGACCGACGGCCAGGAGAGCCAACUCCACACUGAAACCGGAAGGGGUAAAGACAAAGUCUCCCAAUGCAAAUAGCGAUGAACUGCUCGUGAAGUGUUUGGCCAAGGGCCAGGAUAUCCUGCGUCAGGUGGAGAGCAUGAGUGCCAAGCCCAAAAGGAGCACUAGUAGAGGAGUAACUAAGGAGCACUCGCAGUUGGUGAAGAGCAAGAAGAAGCUACAGAAGCUGCACUACGCCAACGAGGAGAAGAUGGGCAGACCCAAACUGGAGUCCUGCAAGAUUAUACCCCCGAAGUUGGGAGAAACCUCCGACAAAAAUCAGGAACUACUCGUUAAAGUGGUCCAGGAUGUAAAGAUCGCACCACCACAGAAUCUGAAGAAACCCACUAAGGAAAUCCGCGCAGAGCAAGAAGAGGAUUCGGAUGAUUCGGGACACAUAAGCAACACCCAGCUCUCUACGUCCACGAGUAACUCCACCGGUAGUCUUUGUGAAUCGGAAGGCGAUGAAGCGGAGGAACAACCGCCGGAUGCAAAAUGCUGUACCAAAUCCAACAAGAUCGCGGAGCUUUUACAGAAAUUCGAGGCAGCUGCGGCGGCUGGCAAAAAAAGUGCCACCGCCGCGUCGAACUGCCCCACUGUGGUGGCCAGCAAGGUGGUGGCCCAGGUGCAAGCUGUGCGCUGCAUCCAGACACAGGUUGAGAUCUAUCCCACCUACACAAAAGAGGUAACUAUGCGGCUGCACUGACUUGGCAGCGGCAGCGCCGAUCCCGCUUCCGAUCCUCCCCAGCCACUCCACUAUAAGCUCUCAGCUGCAUCUACUGUCUUGCACCUGUCUAUAUCUAACUCUAUCCAACGUAUGCUGUAUAUGGAAUAAAUAUUUAUUGUACAAAA